GCGGCGCGGCAGCUCAAGCGAACACAUGUGAUGCAGGAGGGCAGAUCUCCGGGUCCGCAGCCCGGCGGUAAACACGCUCCCGCUGGUAAGGAGGGUCCUUUGGAGACCGGCAGACCGCCCUCCGAGCGAUAUGAACGGGGAAGGGGAGAAUACAUGUCUGCCAGGCUGCCCAACGGGCUGCCCAGACUGGAAGAUGGAGGUCCGCCUGAGGUUAGUAGACAGAGUCCUACCGCCAGGAGGACUUUAGUGGGGGCUGUGCCACCCAAUUUAAUGGCGCAAGGGCUUGUCGGAGCCCCUCAUGGCCUGCUGACUGCCAUGCCUGGUCUGAAUGCCCGA